CAAUGACAAAAAACUUCAUUCCAAAAGUCCGAAGGUGGCAGAUAACAGAGAGCGGACAACCAACACAAAAAGAAAACCAACACAAGCAAGAUGUCAACUCUUCCAGGUGACGCCAGCGAGACUCUGUCUGGCAAGCGACCAGCAGAUGCCAAGAUCGACGAGGCAGCCGAAGAAGCCACAAUGAACACGGAAGAUGAUUUCGAAGAGGAAGAUGCAUCCGCCUUGGUAGCUACAUUUCAGGGCACCAUUGUUGGAAUCCGCUACUACAAAGGUACGGCUCACGCUGGAGAGUACGUGAGCCUCGUUCGGGAACCCGACAAUCCAUAUGAUGCCAAUGCCAUUCGGGUAGAUAAUAUGGCAGGAGACAAGGUUGGCCAUUUGAAGCGGCAGCAAGCCGCCAUUUUAGCGCCGUGGAUGGACCGUGCUGGCGAGCACGCACUCUCAGUGGAAGGGACCAUUCCUCAUCAAGGAAAUUCCUUCAACAUGCCCGUCACGGUGGAAUUGAUCACUCAUGCUCCCGAAAAAGAGCUGGCCGCUCACGCCCAACAACUGGAACAACAAUUGAAGAAAUCCGUUGGUCGAAAAUUCCAAUAUCGCUCCGCGUUGCGCACGGCCGGCAACAAUAGUACCAAGGCUGCAACCGGACCUACUGUGGAAUCCCAGGAAAUGAUGAAUUGGGCCGCACGUCAAGCCGAAGAAUUGGAUCAAUUGUUUGAGCAACAAUCCGCCCAGCAACUGGCCAAUUUGCCCGCGGUGUCGACUCCCUCACAGCUCCAGACGACCUUGUUGGAGUAUCAGCAGACGGGACUUGGUUGGCUGGUCCGUCAAGAUACGCAGCCCAAAUUGCCCUUCUAUGAGAAACGCAAAGAACAAGGACGCCAGGUCUGGCAUUGCAGCAUUUCCAACUCGUCGCAGGCAGAAGAACCCAAACCAUUCCGUGGUGGUAUGCUCUGUGAUGAAAUGGGAUUGGGCAAGACGCUGCAAAUGAUCAGUCUCAUCCUGGCGGCACCACCCGCCACGGCAACUGCUCCCCAAUGUACGCUUAUUGUCUGUCCUGUCAGUGUCAUGGCCAAUUGGGAGCAGCAAAUUGGGAUGCAUGUGGAAGAGGGUGCCCUCAGCGUGGGAAUUUACCAAGGACCGUCGCGAGGAAACCUUCUCCCGCAAAUCAAAAGUGGAGCCAUCAAUGUCUUGCUCGUGAGUUACAACACUCUGGCCAGCGAUUACACCAAAGUCUUUGGAAAACCAAACGGGAAGGGGCCCGCCACAAAGAAACGAAAGGUGAACUCCAUUUUUGAUCAGGAAAUGCAUCGUGUGGUGUUGGACGAGGCACACACCAUCCGAUCCACCAAAACCCGAGUCUUUCAUGCAUGCAGCCAACUUGACGCUCGGAGCCGCUGGGCAUUGACUGGCAGUCCCAUUAUCAACCGGUGCGAUGACGUGCAUGCAUUGCUUCAUUUCUUGCGUGUUCAACCACUGGGCGACAAGAAAAUCUUUCAGCGCGCCAUUUCCGUCCCCAUUCAGCGCGGAGACGAUGCCGGACUUGCAUGCCUGCGGGUUGCCAUGUCUCAUGUUGCGCUUCGUCGCUCCAAAGCCACCGCCAAUGUGCAGCUCACCGAAAAAACGGUCCAACUCAACCGAGUCUCGUUUGAGGGAUCCGAAGCGCACAAGGAAGUCUACGACGCGUUGUUUGGUACCGUCAAAAUGGCGUUUCAGGCCGUGUUGCAGGACGGUGAAAACGCCGUACUUGGCCAGUAUUCACACAUUUUCACAAAGCUGAUGCGGUUGCGUCAGGCAUGUUGCUCCGCCAAGUUGGUGCCAAUGGAGCACCGAGAGCGAGCCAUUUUGAUCUGGAAGGAAUUGCAACAACGGGACUUGUCCAAGCAGCUGACCGCCAAAGAAGGUUUGAAACUGCUGGAGAAGCUGAAAGGUGCCUUUUCGGAACUGGCAGAGUUGCCCGAAUGUGCUGUCUGCCUUACGGAAAUGGAGGAGUCUCAGUGCGUGAUUCUCAAAACUUGCUCCCACGUCUUCUGCGAUCAAUGCAUUGCAAAGGUCCUCUCGGCCAACCCCAACUGUCCACUCUGUCGCAAGGGCUUCCAAAAGAGUGACAUGAUCAAGAAGAGCGAUGCCUCCAAGGCCGCAUCCACCGAGGGAGAAGAAAAGGACGGAGACGACAAAAUCCCCAUCGAUGAUGACUCCAUUGCCAAGUCUCCAAAGAUCCAAGCUCUUCUCGCAACCAUCAAAUCCAUGGAGCCUGAUUCGAAGGGUGUAAUCUUCAGCCAAUUCACUUCGUUCUUGACGCUCAUCGGGCAGGCCCUGGAGGAAGCUGGUCAUACGUUUGUGCGUUUGGAUGGUUCGAUGUCGGCGGCAAAGCGGUCGGAUGCGGUCCGCGACUUUUCAUCCGACGAGGACAAUUCUCCUCGAUUCUUCCUAGCCAGUUUGCACGCGGCUGGGACUGGAAUCAACCUCACACGUGGAACCCACGCCUGUAUGAUGGACGUUUGGUGGAAUGCUGCCAUAGAGGAGCAAGCCAUGGACCGGAUUCAUCGUAUUGGCCAGACGAAGCCCGUAACGGUCCACCGAUUUGUCAUGAAGGAUUCCUUGGAGGAGCGGAUCGUGGAGCUUCAGGAGGCCAAGAGCCUUCAAUCCAAGGGUGCUUUGCAAAAGUUGAAGCCAGAGGAACAGCGGCGUUCACGUCUUCGCGACCUCAAGGGACUUCUCAUGAUUGAAGACUGAGGGCAGAGUCUGCCUGUGGGGCAUGGUGAUGUACCAUAGUGGCGAAGUGCUCCCUGUGAUGAGGAGACCGAGCCAGUAUUGAGAUUCAAAAACUAUGUUCGAUAUUUUCGAAGCCCAAUUGUGCAAUGGCGGGGUUGUUGUCUUUUUGACCUUAGCACAAACAGUAAAUGAAUUAUAUAAUCUGUUGUCGGCUGGGGUUGUUGAACUUCUCUAAAACCACUAACACCAAGUCCCCACUGGUGAUUCCAGAAGGAGGCCAAACAGUAGAUCAGUCUCUUCACUCCCGGUGACUCGAACGACGUCUCCCUGGAGUGAUUGUCGUCUCGCUUCGGUAACACGACAGAGCAACGACACAAACUCUUCCCUGUUAGUGCCGUUGUUCCGUGCUUCCCUUCGUCCAUACUGAUUCAGAUGUGAAUAGUAGUCAAUUUUGUCGCUUGCGGAGCCUUCGCAGUCCACCUCCUGUAGAGUCGUGUUAUGGUGUGUGAGAGCAUCGGCGACAGCACAGGACAAAUCACAAGUAGAUCCCGUGGAUAUUGUCAACUCCUUCAAACUAGUGUUCUCCCUCAGGGCCAUUCCAAAUCUUGCCGGAUCUAUCGGACCAAAACAGCAGUCAAGACUUUUCAGGCGGUCCCGGCGGAGUAGCACAACUAUCGUUUCCGUCAGUGCGUCAGAUUCCUCGGAAGAAAGAGGUAGUCGUAGCGUCAGGCGUUCCAGUGGCUGUUGGGUCUGGAGAUAGGAAAGCAACCCAGGAAAAGCCCGGGACGGUCUCAUGACAACAAUUGUCAAAUCUCUCAGGCCGCUAGUUUCCGACUGGGCAGCCGCUCGGUGAUUGUUGAGUGAAUCUUCGUGCCAACGGCCACUCAACGAGCCAAUGUGCAGCCUCAAAUGUCUUGGCAGACGAAUAGCUUCCUGCAGCCAAGUACUUAAUAUUCGCGCAGAUACGGCUUCAUUUGAUGUGAUUUCCAAAGAGUCAAGGCGGCAGAUUCGACUCUGUCGACGAGUAUUGAACAAUGCCAAGAACGACGUAUUGAACUGCCCCAUAUCCAGCGUGAGACGACGAAUGGUCGCAUUUUCCACCAACAAGCGCUCCAAUGCCUGUUCCAGUUGUUGCCGCCGACUCUGAUUCGUUUCAGUAUCCCUGGGACCAGUCAAUCUCACAUGGCCCAAACUGACCUCCGUGAUGGACCGACUCGUUUUCAACGACUCGAGAAUCCGAAAGAGGGCAUAACUUUCCAAGCCGGCGAACACCACGGAGGUGAGCCAAGGAAGAAUCUUUUCGGCAAGUAGUUCGGCUUUGGCUAGGCACAAAUAGCUGCCUUUCUUCACGACUAGGGACGAUUGAGCCUUUUUGCGAUUCUUGACUCUGGACACUGCGGCAGCCCAUCGAUCUACUAGCAGUUCAAAACAAGCCAUGCUGUAGCCAUUGGCGAUGGCAAGUGCAAUGCAGUUGGGAUCCUUCAAGAUAGCUCGGGGAUAAGCAUCCAAUAGUUUCCGGAUUGUUACAUGGUCGAUCCGCUGCCUCUGAAGCAGCAUAUGAAUAGGAUAGUAUCGCUUGACGCAACAUUGUGUGGCGACGUGUGGACAUACUUCCAGCACAAACUGAAUGGCUGGAUUCGGCGCACUACUAAAGAAACGUGCCUUGUGAAGGGUAUCUGCAUCAAAAGAGGUCAUGGCUGCCGGGUAUAACUGACACAUUUCCCUGAGUGCAGCGAUCGAUAUCGGUGCUCUGCAUCGUAGCAGAUACACAAGGGGAUAGACAUGGUCUCGUCCAUGAUACUGAUACCAGUACUUCCUGGCGGCAAGUGAGGGAAAUUUACGCAACAGCGACAUCACUCUUCGGUGCCCAUCAGCACGGUAGCAGUUCUGGAGAAGACCUGCAAUCUGUCGCCUAGCGGCUUCCUCCGAUAAACCAAAGUCCUCAUCAUCGUUGCUUCUACUACUAGUAAUAGACAACUUGGGCCGUUUUGAGGGUGGGGCGUUCAUGUGCUUGCUUGCCGUUGCUUCCCAGCUUCAAAAGAAUGCAGAUCUGAUAAUGAUGGACCACGGAGCACGGAGUUGGAGAGCUUUACAAGGAUACCAAUAAAAAUGCUACAACGGCUGAAAGUGUUUAGGUAUCAAACUUGUACCAGGUAG